CGUGUAUUUUAUAUGAUUUUUUUGUUUUGUUUUGUUUUUGUGUAGGCGGCCUAUCGGCUCGGGUCUUUUACGUGCCUAAUAGAAGGCUAUCAGCUUACCAAGGAUUGGCUUUCGAUAAAUUCGACAUUUAUCUGUGUUAACUAACGCUAACUUAACUCAAAAGUUCGUGAACAACAACAAUGAUUUCCAAUGCGGAAUUACUCACAGAAUUCAGAGGAGCUAAAUAGGUUUACCUGGGUGCGACCAGAUGAAGCCUCCCAGCACUUUGAUACCUGUCUCUAACAAGCAAUCAGACGAUGGAUCGUUCGAUUGUGCUCAAAAUGGAACCUCUAGUUAUAUGGAAGAGAAAGCGAGACCGGAUGAAGGAGCAUCUCCAGCACCCUCCCUCCUGUCUGUAAAGAGUGAUGAGUCAAUGGAUAGACCCAUUGCGUUCAACCAUGCAGUACGAAGUUACAUGGGAGAGAAGGCGAGACCAGAUGAAGCACCAUCUCCAGCACUCUCACACCUUUCUAUGAAAAGUGAUCAGUCAAUGGAUUGGCCAAUUGCAUUCAGCAAUAAAACUCUUAGUUACAAUGGUCUAAGACCAGAUGAGGCAGCAUCUCCUGUAACUUCAUACUUCUCUUUAAAAAGCAACCAAUCAAUGGAUCGAACGAUUGCAUUCAAAGACAGAACUCAGCCUUACAGUGUCAAACGUCAGAGACCAGAUGAAGCACCAUCUCCAGCACUCUCACACCUUUCUAUGAAAAGUGAUCAGUCAAUGGAUCGCCCAAUUUCAUUCAGCAAUAAAACCCCUAGUUACAAUGGUCUAAGACCAGAUGAGGCAGCAUCUCCUGUAACUUCAUACUUCUCUUUAAAAAGCAACCAAUCAAUGGAUCGAACGAUUGCAUUCAAAGACAGAACUCAGCCUUACAGUGUCAAACGUCUGCGACCAGAUGAAGCAGCAUCUCCAGCACCCUCACUCCUGUCUGUAAAGAGUGAAGAGUCAAUGGAUAGGCCUAUAGCGUUCAAAAGUGGACCGGAAAGUUACAUGGGAGAGAACACACUUUCAGCCACUCUUCUGACAGAGGAUCACUACAAAUGCCCAGUGUGCACAGAGGUCUAUAAGGAUCCAGUUUCAAUCCCCUGUGGACACAGUUACUGCAAACUCUGCAUCGAGAUCUACUGGAGCAAACCGACUCAAGCUGGAGGUUACGCUUGUCCUCAGUGCAGAAAGAGGUUCAGAGGUCGUCCAGUGUUGAGUGUAAAUGUUGCUUUGUCUAAACUGAUUGAGGAACUCCAGAAGGCAGGAUUUAGUCCAGCUCUUCCAGCUCAAUGUUAUGCUGGACCUGAAGAUGUGGCCUGUGAUAUCUGUCCUGAGAUGAAGCUCAAAGCUGUUAAAUUCUGUUUGACCUGCACUGCGUCUUACUGUGAGACGCACAUCAGACAACACUACACAGUACCAGCACUGCAGAGACAUAACCUGGUGGAGGCUACCAUACCAAUACAAGACAGUAAGGACAUCAAGGAGAUCAAAGAGCUUCAAGUUAGAGUCAUCGAAGAGAUUUCAAGGGAUGAAAAGGUUGAAAAUGUUAAUCCCGCUAAGUGCUUCUACAGUGGAUUUUCCUAUAAUGAUUUACCUGUGGAUGUAACUGAGAUUACGGCACUUGGUCGUCCUUUGGAUCUUGGAAUGUUUUAUGACUGUCGGAAUGAUUCAUUUAUUUCAGACGGUAACCUUUGGGAUAACCAUACUGUAACAAGUAACAGAAUAUCUUGGCCCCUACUGAAAGCACAUCUAAAGGUUUUGGAAGAUGACUCCCUUCCGGAGAGAUGCAAAGCAUUUGAAAUGUCACCUAUGUUACGAGUAAGUGCUCUGUGUGGACUGAUGGUACUAAGUGGGGCUGCAGCCUUUCUGAAUCACCCAGUUCAGUCUCAACAUCACGACAGAUUUACACUACACUAUAAAACCACCACCAGACUAGACAUGAUCAGCCAAAGACUGUUACAGGAAGGAGCUCCUACCUCAGUGAUUAAUGCAACCACAGCAACACAUGUGAUCAUCGCUGUUUUCUAUGGAGCCCAAGCAUUCUUUGUUUUUGAUGAUAAGAGAAUCAGCACAGAGAAAAAUACAGAAAUGGAAAAUGUUAUCAAGAAACUCACCACUACCUUCAGUGCACAAGAUGUGUUCUCAAGUCUCAAUGAAACUGAAAAGGCAAACUGUAGUUUAUAUGACUGCAGUAUGUACAUUGACGUAGAUGAUUGGAAGAGUCCAGUGUCUUUUGAUAAGGCUGUGGACAUCUACGGUUCUCUGCCGACACUGCUUGGAUCCAAAGGUGAGAGAGCGGUUCCUCAAAAGGUCUGGCUGUAUCCUCUGAAGAGACUGGACAGGAGCUCAGUGUGUGCCGCUCUGAGUGGAGUCAGUGAAAACUUGAUGCAACAAGCUGAGAAUAUUCUAGAACAUCUGAGAAAACAGAUCAGGGUCUGUCAGGACAUGAUAACAGACUAUGUUAAUCUGACUGUGAUUACUCGGUUUCCUGCUUUGCAAGAACAAUUUCAAAACUUUUCAGAAUUUCUACAAGAGUACAUGUCAGAUUUUCAGAGAAAAGCUGCUGAGAUUAUUAAAUCCAUAAAUGUCAAGGAAGCAGAAGGAGAGAAGAGUUUUCAAGAACUCAUCAGUAACUGUGUUCAGUCUCCAUUCAAUCCAGAGAACACACAUCAUUGGCUUGAAAAGAAGAAAACUGAUCUGGCAGUUUUAAAUGAGUGCAGAGCAGCGAACAUUACCAUUGUAAAAUCACAGGAGGAGCUUCAGCGUGUCAUUAAUGAUCCUUGUAUGAGCAGAGUGUUCUGCUUCACUAUUUCAUCAAUGGAGGAUGAUUUUCUCACAACUCUGAAGCAGCACAUUCAAUUAAUGAAAAACUGCACAUUGACCAUGUCUGAUUGCAUAAAGCUAGAAGAUUCAGUGCGGUCAGUAAAGCCUGUUUGUGUCAGUCAGAAAGUAUUUUCUGACUUAAAAGUAUUUAUUGCUGCCAAAGAAACAAAUGAAGAUGCAAUGCAAACCAAGUUCAUUGCUGCAUUUGUACCUGAUGAUGGUUUUCACUGUGUGCGGUUUUACCAUGCUGGAAUCAUUAUGAGCAGAAAUAUGAAACUUCAAACAAAGCCAAAUCUUAUCCAAAUAUCUCAAAUAAAACACAGUAGCAUGUCCUUAAAAAUGAAUAAAACACAAAACAGAAGCAUUGAGAGUUGUUUGGUGGAGUACAGAGCUCUGGGUGAUGAUGGAAUGAACAACACUUGGAAACAGAUCUUUUUUGACACCAAAUCUGUUAAGGAAACCUUCAUUAUUUCAGGACUUACACCAGGCAAAAGAUUUCAGCUGAGGUAUUCAGUGAUUGAAAAUGGCUGUAUGAGUAACUUCAGCAAGAUUAUGAACUUUCAUACAGCUCUUGCAGCAAUACCUGGACAACCCUUGGUGAAUAAACUGAACAGAAACACUCUCAGAUUUGUCUGGCAGAGAGCUGAAGCUGAUGAAGAUUGUCCAGUGCUGCAGUAUAUGGUUGAGUACAAAGAAGCAGGACUGGAGGGCUGGUCAUCAGUACUAACACAAGGACCUCAGUGUGAAUGUACAUUAACUGUUCCUUACAGCACCUGCUAUAGAGUCAGAGUCUCAGCUGUCUAUGAGGACGUCACCAGUGAACCCAGUGAGGAAACACCAGUACCAGUUGACGUCUUGUCCAUAAAGCUCUCAAAGAGAAAGAUCUCCAUCCUCCUAGAAGUGCUGAAACUGCAGACAGAGAAGAAACCAGUAGAGCUGAUAGACUGGACAGAUGAAGAGAGUGAAGUGUGGGGAUUCCUCCAGUGUCUGCCCUACAUCUCACAGCUCAGAUUUUCUGGCAUUAUCUACAUGAAGAGAGAAACUGCUGUGAAGUUUCUGCUGGAUCUGUUUGUUUCAGCUUCAGAGUUUGAUGCAAAUACAGAAGAAAAUUACACUGAACUAUUAACAUCUGUGUGCAGUUACACAUCUUUCCCCUGUGAUGAGGAUAAUUGUUAUACCUGGACUCAGUGUGAUUUCCUGCUGGAUCUGUGUUCACAUGUGAAGGACUAUGAGACUCAAACAGGCAGGAGUGUCCUUCCAGCAUUACAGCCAGUUUAUCAGUCAGCUCCUGCAGUCUGGAUCAUAAAGCUCUCAGAGAGAAAGAUCUCCAUCCUCCUAGAAGUGCUGAAACUGCAGACAGAGAAGAAACCAGUAAAGCUGAGAGACUGGACAGGUGAAGAGAGUGAAGUGAGGGGAUUCCUCCAGUGUCUGCCCUACAUCUCACAGCUCAGAUUUGUUAAACCACAGAAUAACUCAUCUGAAUCAUGGGAGAAAAGAAAGAGAUCUUUUAUUCUGGAUUUGUGUCUGCAAGCUGCUCUCCACCAGAAAGAGACAAUAGAAGAAACUGUGAAGAAACUGUUGUCAUCUGUGAAUUAUGAGAGAUGUGAUUUCCUGCUGGAUCUGUGGUCACAUGUGAAGGACUAUGAGACUCAAACAGGCAGGAGUGUCCUUCCAGCAUUACAGCCAGUUUAUCAGUCAGCUCCUGCAGUCUGGAGAAUAAAGCUCUCAGAGAGAAAGAUCUCCAUCCUCCUAGAAGUGCUGAAACUGCAGACAGAGAAGAAACCAGUAGAUCUGAUAGACUGGACAGAUGAAGAGAGUGAAGUGAGGGGAUUCCUCCAGUGUCUGCCCUACAUCUCACAGCUCAGAUUUGUUGAACCACAGAAUAACUCAUCUGAAUCAUGGGAGAAAAGAAAGAGAUCUUUCAUACUGGAUUUGUGUCUGCAAGCUGCUCUCCACCAGAAAGAGACAAUAGAAGAAACUGUGGAGAAACUGUUGUCAUCUGUGAAUUAUGAGAGAUGUGAUUUCCUGCUGGAUCUGUGUUCACAUGUGAAGGACUAUGAGACUCAAACAGGCAGGAGUGUCCUUCCAGCAUUACAGUCAGUUUAUCAGUCAGCUCCUGCAGUCUGGAUCAUAGAUCUCUCAGAGAGAAAGAUCUCCAUCCUCCUAGAAGUGCUGAAACUGCAGACAGAGAAGAAACCAGUAGAUCUGAUAGACUGGACAGAUGAAGAGAGUGAAGUGAGGGGAUUCCUCCAGUGUCUGCCCUACAUCUCACAACUCAGAUUUUCUGACAUUAUCGACGGGAAAAGAGAAACUGCUGUAAAGUUUCUGCUGAAUCUGUUUGUUUCAGCUUCAGAGUUUGAUGCAAAUACAGAAGAAAAUUACACUGAACUAUUAACAUCUGUGUGCAGCUACACAUCUUUCCCCUAUGAUGAGAAUCAUUGUUAUACCUGGACUCAGUGUGAUUUCCUGCUGGAUCUGUGGUCACAUGUGAAGGACUAUGAGACUCAAACAGGCAGGAGUGUCCUUCCAGCGUUACAGCCAGUUUAUCAGUCAGCUCCUGCAGUCUGGAUCAUAGAUCUCUCAGAGAGAAAGAUCUCCAUCCUCCUAGAAGUGCUGAAACUGCAGACAGAGAAGAAACCAGUAGAUCUGAGAGACUGGACAGAUGAAGAGAGUGAAGUGAGGGGAUUCCUCCAGUGUCUGCCCUACAUCUCACAGCUCAGAUUUUCUGGCAUUAUCGACGGGAAGAGAAAAACUGCUGUAAAGUUUCUGCUGAAUCUGUUUGUUUCAGCUUCAGAGUUUGAUGCAAAUACAGAAGAAAAUUACACUGAACUAUUAACAUCUGUGUGCAGUUACACAUCUUUCCCCUAUGAUGAGAAUAAUUGUUAUACCUGGACUCAAUGUGAUUUCCUGCUGGAUCUGUGGUCACAUGUGAAGGACUAUGAGACUCAAACAGGCAGGAGUGUCCUUCCAGCAUUACAGUCAGUUUAUCAGUCAGCUCCUGCAGUCUGGAGAAUAAAGCUCUCAGAGAGAAAGAUCUCCAUCCUCCUAGAAGUGCUGAAACUGCAGACAGAGAAGAAACCAGUAGAUCUGAUAGACUGGACAGAUGAAGAGAGUGAAGUGAGGGGAUUCCUCCAGUGUCUGCCCUACAUCUCACAGCUCAGAUUUUCUGGCAUUAUCGACAGGAAGAGAGAAACUGCUGUAAAGUUUCUGCUGAAUCUGUUUGUUUCAGCUUCAGAGUUUGAUGCAAAUACAGAAGAAAAUUACACUGAACUAUUAACAUCUGUGUGCAGUUACACAUCUUUCCCCUUUGAUGAGAAUAAUUGUUAUAUCUGGACUCAGUGUGAUUUCCUGCUGGAUCUGUGGUCACAUGUGAAGUACUAUAAAACUCAAACAGGCAGGAGUGUCCUUCCAGCAUUACAGCCAGUUUAUCAGUCAGCUCCUGCAGUCUGGAGAAUAAAUCUCUCAGAGAGAAAGAUCUCCAUCCUCCUAGAAGUGCUGAAACUGCAGACAGAGAAGAAACCAGUAGAUCUGAUAGACUGGACAGAUGAAGAGAGUGAAGUGAGGGGAUUCCUCCAGUGUCUGCCCUACAUCUCACAGCUCAGAUUUUCUGGCAUUAUCGACGGGAAGAGAGAAACUGCUGUAAAGUUUCUGCUGAAUCUGUUUGUUUCAGCUUCAGAGUUUGAUGCAAAUACAGAAGAAAAUUACACUGAACUAUUAACAUCUGUGUGCAGUUACACAUCUUUCCCCUAUGAUGAGAAUAAUUGUUAUACCUGGACUCAGUGUGAUUUCCUGCUGGAUCUGUGUUCACAUGUGAAGGACUAUGAGACUCAAACAGGCAGGAGUGUCCUUCCAGCAUUACAGCCAGUUUAUCAGUCAGCUCCUGCAGUCUGGAGAAUAAAGCUCUCAGAGAGAAAGAUCUCCAUCCUCCUAGAAGUGCUGAAACUGCAGACAGAGAAGAAACCAGUAGAGCUGAUAGACUGGACAGAUGAAGAGAGUGAAGUGAGGGGAUUCCUCCAGUGUCUGCCCUACAUCUCACAGCUCAGAUUUUCUGACAUUAGCGACGGGAAGAGAGAAACUGCUGUGAAGUUUCUGCUGAAUCUGUUUGUUUCAACAUCAGAGUUUGAUGCAAAUACAGAAGAAAAUUACACUGAACUAUUAACAUCUGUGUGCAGUUACACAUCUUUCCCCUGUGAUGAGAAUAAUUGUUAUACCUGGACUCAGUGUGAUUUCCUGCUGGAUCUGUGUUCACAUGUGAAGGACUAUGAGACUCAAACAGGCAGGAGUGUCCUUCCAGCAUUACAGCCAGUUUAUCAGUCAGCUCCUGCAGUCUGGAGAAUAAAUCUCUCAGAGAGAAAGAUCUCCAUCCUCCUAGAAGUGCUGAAACUGCAGACAGAGAAUAAACCAGUAGAUCUGAUAGACUGGACAGAUGAAGAGAGUGAAGUGAGGGGAUUCCUCCAGUGUCUGCCCUACAUCUCACAGCUCAGAUUUGUUGAACAAAAUAAAUCAUCUGAAUCAUGGGAGAAAAGAAAGAGAUUAUUAAAACUGGAUUUGUGUCUGCAAGCUGCUCUCCACCAGAAAGAGACAAUAGAAGAAACUGUGAAGAAACUGUUGUCAUCUGUGAAUUAUGAGAGAUGUGAUUUCCUGUUGGAUCUGUGGUCACAUGUGAAGGACUAUGAGACUCAAACAGGCAGGAGUGUCCUUCCAGCAUUACAGCCAGUUUAUCAGUCAGCUCCUGCAGUCUGGAUCAUAAAGCUCUCAGAGAGAAAGAUCUCCAUCCUCCUAGAAGUGCUGAAACUGCAGACAGAGAAGAAACCAGUAGAGCUGAUAGACUGGACAGAUGAAGAGAGUGAAGUGAGGGGAUUCCUCCAGUGUCUGCCCUACAUCUCACAGCUCAGAUUUGUUGAACCACAGAAUAACUCAUCUGAAUCAUGGGAGAAAAGAAAGAGAUCUUUCCUACUGGAUUUGUGUCUGCAAGCUGUUCUCCACCAGGAAGAGACAAUAGAAGAAACUGUGAAGAAACUGUUGUCGUCUGUGUAUUAUGAGAGAUGUGAUUUCCUGCUGGAUCUGUGGUCACAUGUGAAGGACUAUGAGACUCAAACAGGCAGGAGUGUCCUUCCAGCAUUACAGCCAGUUUAUCAGUCAGCUCCUGCAGUCUGGAGAAUAAAUCUCUCAGAGAGAAAGAUCUCCAUCCUCCUAGAAGUGCUGAAACUGCAGACAGAGAAGAAACCAGUAGAGCUGAUAGACUGGACAGAUGAAGAGAGUGAAGUGAGGGGAUUCCUCCAGUGUCUGCCCUACAUCUCACAGCUCAGAUUUUCUGGCAUUAGCGACGGGAAGAGAGAAACUGCUGUAAAGUUUCUGCUGAAUCUGUUUGUUUCAGCAUCAGAGUUUGAUGCAAAUACAGAAGAAAAUUACACUGAACUAUUAACAUCUGUGUGCAGUUACACAUCUUUCCCCUGUGAUGAGAAUAAUUGUCAUACCUGGAUUCAGUGUGAUUUCCUGCUGGAUCUGUGUUCACAUGUGAAGGACUAUGAGACUCAAACAGGCAGGAGUGUCCUUCCAGCAUUACAGUCAGUUUAUCAGUCAGCUCCUGCAGUCUGGAUAAUAAAGCUCUCAGAGAGAAAGAUCUCCAUCCUCCUAGAAGUGCUGAAACUGCAGACAGAGAAGAAACCAGUAGAGCUGAUAGACUGGACAGAUGAAGAGAGUGAAGUGAGGGGAUUCCUCCAGUGUCUGCCCUACAUCUCACAGCUCAGAAUUGAUGAAGAUGCUUUAGAGAUGAACGAAUCUGCUGCCCAGUUUCUGCUGAGUCUGACUGUUGCAGCUUCAACAUGUGUUACAACUACAGGAGAGAAUUACAUUGAGCUUUUAACAUCUGUGUGCAGCUACAGAUCAUUUCUCUGUUAUGAUGAUUAUGAUGAUGAUGAUGAUUAUGAGCAUCAGGUUGAUCAGUGUGAUUUCCUGCUGGAUCUGUGUUCACAUGUGAAGGACUAUGAGACUCAAACAGGCAGGAGUGUCCUUCCAGCAUUACAGUCAGUUUAUCAGUCAGCUCCUGCAGUCUGGAGAAUAAAUCUCUCAGAGAGAAAGAUCUCCAUCCUCCUAGAAGUGCUGAAACUGCAGACAGAGAAGAAACCAGUAGAGCUGAUAGACUGGACAGAUGAAGAGAGUGAAGUGAGGGGAUUCCUCCAGUGUCUGCCCUACAUCUCACAGCUCAGAUUUGUUGAACCACAGAAUAACUCAUCUGAAUCAUGGGAGAAAAGAAAGAGAUCUUUCAUACUGGAUUUGUGUCUGCAAGCUGUUCUCCACCAGAAAGAGACAAUAGAAGAAACUGUGAAGAAACUGUUGUCAUCUGUGUAUUAUGAGAGAUGUGAUUUCCUGCUGGAUCUGUGGUCACAUGUGAAGGACUAUGAGACUCAAACAGGCAGGAGUGUCCUUCCAGCAUUACAGCCAGUUUAUCAGUCAGCUCCUGCAGUCUGGAUCAUAAAGCUCUCAGAGAGAAAGAUCUCCAUCCUCCUAGAAGUGCUGAAACUGCAGACAGAGAAGAAACCAGUAGAUCUGAGAGACUGGACAGAUGAAGAGAGUGAAGUGAGGGGAUUCCUCCAGUGUCUGCCCUACAUCUCACAGCUCAGAAUUGAUGAAGAUGCUUUAGAGAUGAACGAAUCUGCUGCCCAGUUUCUGCUGAAUCUGACUGUUGCAGCUUCAACAUGUGUUACAACUACAGGAGAGAAUUACAUUGAGCUUUUAACAUCUGUGUGCAGCUACAGAUCAUUUAUCCGUUAUGAUGAUGAUGAUGAUUGGCUUUAUAAUGAGGACUGUCAGGUUGAACACUCUAAUUUCCUGCUGGAUCUGUGGUCACAUGUGAAGGACUAUGAGACUCAAACAGGCAGGAGUGUCCUUCCAGCAUUACAGUCAGUUUAUCAGUCAGCUCCUGCAGUCUGGAUAAUAAAGCUCUCAGAGAGAAAGAUCUCCAUCCUCCUAGAAGUGCUGAAACUGCAGACAGAGAAGAAACCAGUAGAUCUGAUAGACUGGACAGAUGAAGAGAGUGAAGUGAGGGGAUUCCUCCAGUGUCUGCCCUACAUCUCACAGCUCAGAUUUUCUGGUAUUAUCGACGGGAAGAGAGAAACUGCUGUAAAGUUUCUGCUGAAUCUGUUUGUUUCAGCAUCAGAGUUUGAUGCAAAUACAGAAGAAAAUCACACUGAACUAUUAACAUCUGUGUGCAGUUACACAUCUUUCCCCUUUGAUGAGAAUUAUUAUGAAGAAACUGAGGAUACAAUUUAUCAGUGUGAUUUCCUGCUGGAUCUGUGGUCACAUGUGAAGGACUAUGAGACUCAAACAGGCAGGAGUGUCCUUCCAGCAUUACAGUCAGUUUAUCAGUCAGCUCCUGCAGUCUGGAUCAUAAAGCUCUCAGAGAGAAAGAUCUCCAUCCUCCUAGAAGUGCUGAAACUGCAGACAGAGAAGAAACCAGUAGAUCUGAUAGACUGGACAGAUGAAGAGAGUGAAGUGAGGGGAUUCCUCCAGUGUCUGCCCUACAUCUCACAGCUCAGAUUUUCUGGCAUUAUUGACGGGAAGAGAGAAACUGCUGAAAAGUUUCUGCUGAAUCUGUUUGUUUCAACAUCAGAGUUUGAUGCAAAUACAGAAGAAAAUUACACUGAACUAUUAACAUCUGUGUGCAGUUACACAUCUUUCCCCUAUGAUGAGAAUAAUUGUUAUACCGGGACUCAGUGUGAUUUCCUGCUGGAUCUGUGGUCACAUGUGAAGGACUAUGAGACUCAAACAGGCAGGAGUGUCCUUCCAGCAUUACAGCCAGUUUAUCAGUCAGCUCCUGCAGUCUGGAUCAUAGAUCUCUCACAGAGAAAGAUCUCCAUCCUCCUAGAAGUGCUGAAACUGCAGACAGAGAAGAAACCAGUAGAUCUGAUAGACUGGACAGAUGAAGAGAGUGAAGUGAGGGGAUUCCUCCAGUGUCUGCCCUACAUCUCACAGCUCAGAAUUGAUGAAGAUGCUUUAGAGAUGAACGAAUCUGCUGCCCAGUUUCUGCUGAGUCUGACUGUUGCAGCUUCAACAUGUGUUACAACUACAGGAGAUAAUUACAUUGAGCUUUUAACAUCUGUGUGCAGCUACAGAUCAUUUAUCCGUUAUGAUGAUGAUGAUGAUGAUGAUGAGCAUCAGGUUGAACACUGUGAUUUCCUGCUGGAUCUGUGUUCACAUGUGAAGGACUAUGAGACUCAAACAGGCAGGAGUGUCCUUCCAGCAUUACAGUCAGUUUAUCAGUCAGCUCCUGCAGUCUGGAGAAUAAAUCUCUCAGAGAGAAAGAUCUCCAUCCUCCUAGAAGUGCUGAAACUGCAGACAGAGAAGAAACCAGUAGAUCUGAGAGACUGGACAGAUGAAGAGAGUGAAGUGAGGGGAUUCCUCCAGUGUCUGCCCUACAUCUCACAGCUCAGAUUUGUUGAACCACAGAAUAACUCAUCUGAAUCAUGGGAGAAAAGAAAGAGAUCUUUCCUACUGGAUUUGUGUCUGCAAGCUGUUCUCCACCAGAAAGAGACAAUAGAAGAAACUGUGAAGAAACUGUUGUCAUCUGUGAAUUAUGAGAGAUGUGAUUUUCUGCUGGAUCUGUGUUCACAUGUGAAGGACUAUGAGACUCAAACAGGCAGGAGUGUCCUUCCAGCAUUACAGCCAGUUUAUCAGUCAGCUCCUGCAGUCUGGAGAAUAAAGCUCUCAGAGAGAAAGAUCUCCAUCCUCCUAGAAGUGCUGAAACUGCAGACAGAGAAGAAACCAGUAGAGCUGAUAGACUGGACAGAUGAAGAGAGUGAAGUGAGGGGAUUCCUCCAGUGUCUGCCCUACAUCUCACAGCUCAGAAUUGAUGAAGAUGCUUUAGAGAUGAACGAAUCUGCUGCCCAGUUUCUGCUGAGUCUGACUGUUGCAGCUUCAACAUGUGUUACAACUACAGGAGAGAAUUACAUUGAGCUUUUAACAUCUGUGUGCAGCUACAGAUCAUUUAUCUGCUUUGACAUUGAUGAGAUUUAUGAUGAGAAUCAGGUUGAUCACUGUGAUUUCCUGCUGGAUCUGUGUUCACAUGUGAAGGACUAUGAGACUCAAACAGGCAGGAGUGUCCUUCCAGCAUUACAGCCAGUUUAUCAGUCAGCUCCUGCAGUCUGGAUCAUAAAGCUCUCAGAGAGAAAGAUCUCCAUCCUCCUAGAAGUGCUGAAACUGCAGACAGAGAAGAAACCAGUAGAUCUGAUAGACUGGACAGAUGAAGAGAGUGAAGUGAGGGGAUUCCUCCAGUGUCUGCCCUACAUCUCACAGCUCAGAUUUUCUGGUAUUAUCGACGGGAAGAGAGAAACUGCUGUAAAGUUUCUGCUGAAUCUGUUUGUUUCAGCUUCAGAGUUUGAUGCAAAUACAGAAGAAAAUUACACUGAACUAUUAACAUCUGUGUGCAGCUACACAUCUUUCCCCUAUGAUGAGAAUAAUUGUUAUACCUGGACUCAGUGUGAUUUCCUGCUGGAUCUGUACUCACCUGUGAAGGACUAUGAGACUCAAACAGGCAGGAGUGUCCUUCCAGCAUUACAGCCAGUUUAUCAGUCAGCUCCUGCAGUCUGGAUCAUAUAUCUCUCAGAGAGAAAGAUCUCCAUCCUCCUAGAAGUGCUGAAACUGCAGACAGAGAAGAAACCAGUAGAGCUGAGAGACUGGACAGAUGAAGAGAGUGAAGUGAGGGGAUUCCUCCAGUGUCUGCCCUACAUCUCACAGCUCAGAUUUGUUAAACUACAGAAUAACUCAUCUGAAUCAUGGGAGAAAAGAAAGAGAUCUUUCAUACUGGAUUUGUGUCUGCAAGCUGUUCUCCACCAGAAAGAGACAAUAGAAGAAACUGUGAAGAAACUGUUGUCAUCUGUGAAUUAUGAGAGAUGUGAUUUUCUGCUGGAUCUGUGUUCACGUGUGAAGGACUAUGAGUAUCAAACAGGCAGGAGUGUCCUUCCAGCAUUACAGCCAGUUUAUCAGUCAGCUCCUGCAGUCUGGAGAAUAAAGCUCUCAGAGAGAAAGAUCUCCAUCCUCCUAGAAGUGCUGAAACUGCAGACAGAGAAGAAACCAGUAGAUCUGAGAGACUGGACAGAUGAAGAGAGUGAAGUGAGGGGAUUCCUCCAGUGUCUGCCCUACAUCUCACAGCUCAGAUUUUCUGGCAUUAGCGACGGGAAGAGAGAAGCUGCUGUGAAGAUUCUGCUGAAUCUGUUUGUUUCAACAUCAGAGUUUGAUGCAAAUACAGAAGAAAAUUACACUGAACUAUUAACAUCUGUGUGCAGUUACACAUCUUUCCCCUAUGAUGAGGAUAAUUGUUAUGCUGAGUAUCAGUGUGAUUUCCUGCUGGAUCUGUGGUCACAUGUGAAGGACUAUGAGACUCAAACAGGCAGGAGUGUCCUUCCAGCAUUACAGUCAGUUUAUCAGUCAGCUCCUGCAGUCUGGAGAAUAAAGCUCUCAGAGAGAAAGAUCUCCAUCCUCCUAGAAGUGCUGAAACUGCAGACAGAGAAGAAACCAGUAGAUCUGAGAGACUGGACAGAUGAAGAGAGUGAAGUGAGGGGAUUCCUCCAGUGUCUGCCCUACAUCUCACAGCUCAGAUUUUCUGACAUUAGCGACGGGAAGAGAGAAACUGCUGUAAAGUUUCUGCUGAAUCUGUUUGUUUCAGCAUCAGAGUUUGAUGCAAAUACAGAAGAAAAUUACACUGAACUAUUAACAUCUGUGUGCAGUUACACAUCUUUCCCCUAUGAUGAGGAUAAUUAUGAAGAAACUGAGUUUGAAAUUUAUCAGUGUGAUUUCCUGCUGGAUCUGUGUUCACAUGUGAAGGACUAUGAGACUCAAACAGGCAGGAGUGUCCUUCCAGCAUUACAGUCAGUUUAUCAGUCAGUUCCUGCAGUCUGGAUCAUAGAUCUCUCAGAGAGAAAGAUCUCCAUCCUCCUAGAAGUGCUGAAACUGCAGACAGAGAAGAAACCAGUAGAUCUGAGAGACUGGACAGAUGAAGAGAGUGAAGUGAGGGGAUUCCUCCAGUGUCUGCCCUACAUCUCACAGCUCAGAUUUUCUGGCAUUCUCUACAUGGAGAGAGAAGCUGCUGUGAAGAUUCUGCUGAAUCUGUUUGUUUCAGCAUCAGAGUUUGAUGCAAAUACAGAAGAAAAUUACACUGAACUAUUAACAUCUGUGUGCAGUUACACAUCUUUCCCCUAUGAUGAUAAUUAUUAUGAUGCUGAGUAUCAGUGUGAUUUCCUGCUGGAUCUGUGUUCACAUGUGAAGGACUAUGAGACUCAAACAGGCAGGAGUGUCCUUCCAGCAUUACAGCCAGUUUAUCAGUCAGCUCCUGCAGUCUGGAUCAUAGAUCUCUCAGAGAGAAAGAUCUCCAUCCUCCUAGAAGUGCUGAAACUGCAGACAGAGAAGAAACCAGUAGAUCUGCUAGACUGGACAGAUGAAGAGAGUGAAGUGAGGGGAUUCCUCCAGUGUCUGCCCUACAUCUCACAGCUCAGAUUUACCCAACCAGAGACAAGAUCCUGUGAAGAAUGGGAGAAACAAAAGCGGUCUCUUUUUUUAAAUCUGUGUCUGCAAGCUGCUCUAACAGAUACACAAGGCACCACAGAGAUGACUGUAGAAUCACUGCUGUCUCUUCAGGAAUAUGAGAGAUGUGAUUUCCUGCUGGAUCUGUGUUCACAUGUGAAAGACUAUGAGACUCAAACAGGCAGGAGUGUCCUUCCAGCAUUACAGCCAGUUUAUCAGUCAGCUCCUGCAGUCUGGAGCAUAAACCUCUCAGAGAGAAAGAGCUCCAUCCUCCUAGAAGUGCUGAAACUGCAGACAGAGAUGAAACCAGUAGAGCUGAUAGACUGGACAGAUGAAGAGAGUGAAGUGAGGGGAUUCCUCCAGUGUCUGCCCUACAUCUCACAGCUCAGAUUUGCACAACAUGUGUUUAAUGGACAGAGGAAACUGGGAGCUGUACAGUAUCUAAGGAAUCUGAUUGUUACAGCUUCAGAGCUUAAAACAACUUCUGGAGAAAUUUUUGCUGAGCUAUCUGUGUGUAACUACACAUCCUUCCCUUUUAAUGAGGAGAAUUGUGAUGAGUAUAUGUAUCAGAUUCUUCAGUGUGAUUUUCUGCUGGAUCUGUGGUCACUUGUGAAGGACUAUGAGACUCAAACAGGCAGAAGUGUCCUUCCAGCAUUACAGUCAGUUUAUCAGUCAGCUCCUGCAGUCUGGAGAAUAAAUCUCUCAGAGAGAAAGAUCUCCAUCCUCCUAGAAGUGCUGAAACUGCAGACAGAGAAGAAACCAGUAGAGCUGAGAGACUGGACAGAUGAAGAGAGUGAAGUGAGGGGAUUCCUCCAGUGUCUGCCCUACAUCUCACAGCUCAGAGUUUCUCCACCACAAAUGCAAGAAGAAUCCUUUAAAGAUUGGGAAAAAAGAAAGAGAUCAUCUCUACUUAAUCUGUGUUUGCAAGCAGCUCUUGUCCAAUAUGAAAACCCUGAGACAAAUAUAGAGAUACUGCUAUCAUCUGUUCUUUAUGAGAAAUGUGACUUCCUGCUGGAUCUGUACUCCCAUAUGAAGGACUAUGAGACUCAAACAGGGAGGAGUGUCCUUCCAGCAUUACAGCCAGUUUAUCAGUCAGCUCCUGCAGUCUGGUGUGUAUAUCUCUCAGAGAGAAAGAGCUCCAUCCUCCUAGAAGUGCUGAAACUGCAGACAGAGAAGAAACCAGUAGAGCUGAGAGACUGGACAGAUGAAGAGAGUGAAGUGAGGGGAUUCCUCCAGUGUCUGCCCUACAUCUCACAAUUGAGCUUCUAUAAAGAUGUUAUAUAUUUUGAAAAGGAGAAGAAAUCAGCCUUUCAGUUUUUGCUUAAUUUGAGUGUUGCGGCAUCAGAAUCUGCUGGGAAGGAAUUCACUGAACUGUUAAAAUCUGUGUUCAGCUACACAUCUUUCCCCUGUGUUGAAAAUAUGAAUUAUCAUAUUGGCCAAUGUGAUUUCCUGCUGGAUCUGUGUUCACAUGUGAAGGACUAUGAGACUCAAACAGGCAGGAGUGUCCUUCCAGCAUUACAGCCAGUUUAUCAGUCAGCUCCUGCAGUCUGGAUCAUAGAUCUCUCAGAGAGAAAGAUCUCCAUCCUCCUAGAAGUGCUGAAACUGCAGACAGAGAAGAAACCAGUAGAUCUGAUAGACUGGACAGAUGAAGAGAGUGAAGUGAGGGGAUUCCUCCAGUGUCUGCCCUACAUCUCACUGCUCAGAUUUACCCAACCAGAGAUGAGAUCCUAUGAAGAAUGGGAGAAACAAAAGCGGUCUCUUUUUUUAACUCUGUGUCUGCAAGCUGCUCUAACAGAUACACAAGGCACCACAGAGAUGACUGUAGAAUCACUGCUGUCUCUUCAGGAAUAUGAGAGAUGUGAUUUCCUGCUGGAUCUGUGUUCACAUGUGAAGGACUAUGAGACUCAAACAGGCAGGAGUGUCCUUCCAGCAUUACAGUCAGUUUAUCAGUCAGCUCCUGCAGUCUGGAGAAUAAAUCUCUCAGAGAGAAAGAUCUCCAUCCUCCUAGAAGUGCUGAAACUGCAGACAGAGAAGAAACCAGUAGAGCUGAUAGACUGGACAGAUGAAGAGAGUGAAGUGAGGGGAUUCCUCCAGUGUCUGCCCUACAUCUCACAAUUGAGAUUUAGCCCACCAGAAAAGGAAAAAAUUGAAGAAUGGGAGAAUAGAAAGAGACUAUUUGUACUGAAUCACUGCCUGCAAGCUGCUUUUUACCUAAAGGAAACAAUAUUGAAAACGAUGGAGGCAUUACUGUCAUAUGUGAAAUAUGAGAAGUCUGAUUUCCUGCUGGAUCUGUGGUCACAUGUGAAGGACUAUGAGACUCAGACAGGCAGGAGUGUCCUUCCAGCAUUACAGCCAGUUUAUCAGUCAGCUCCUGCAGUCUGGAGAAUAAAUCUCUCAGAGAGAAAGAUCUCCAUCCUCCUAGAAGUGCUGAAACUGCAGACAAAGAAGAAACCAGUAGAUCUGAUAGACUGGACAGAUGAAGAGAGUGAAGUGAGGGGAUUCCUCCAGUGUCUGCCCUACAUCUCACAGCUCAGAUUUACCCAACCAGAGACGAGAUCCUGUGAAGAAUGGGAGAAACAAAAGCGGUCUCUUUUUUUAACUCUGUGUCUGCAAGCUGCUCUAACAGAUACACAAGGCACCACAGAGAUGACUGUAGAAUCACUGCUGUCUCUUCAGGAAUAUGAGAGAUGUGAUUUCCUGCUGGAUCUGUGUUCACAUGUGAAGGACUAUGAGACUCAAACAGGCAGAAGUGUCCUUCCAGCAUUACAGCCAGUUUAUCAGUCAGCUCCUGCAGUCUGGAGAAUAAAGCUCUCAGAGAGAAAGAUCUCCAUCCUCCUAGAAGUGCUGAAACUCCAAACAGAGAAGAAACCAGUAGAGCUGAUAGACUGGACAGAUGAAGAGAGUGAAGUGAGGGGAUUCCUCCAGUGUCUGCCCUACAUCUCACAAUUGAGAUUUAGCCCACCAGAAAAGGAAAAAAUUGAAGAAUGGGAGAAUAGAAAGAGACUAUUUGUACUGAAUCACUGCCUGCAAGCUGCUUUUUACCAAAAGGAAACAAUAUUGAAAACGAUGGAGGCAUUACUGUCAUAUGUGAAAUAUGAGAAGUCUGAUUUCCUGCUGGAUCUGUGGUCACAUGUGAAGGACUAUGAGACUCAGACAGGCAGAAGUGUCCUUCCAGCAUUACAGCCAGUUUAUCAGUCAGCUCCUGCAGUCUGGAGAAUAAAGCUCUCAGAGAGAAAGAUCUCCAUCCUCCUAGAAGUGCUGAAACUGCAGACAGAGAAGAAACCAGUAGAGCUGAUAGACUGGACAGAUGAAGAGAGUGAAGUGAGGGGAUUCCUCCAGUGUCUGCCCUACAUCUCACAGCUCAGGUUUUAUAAAGAUGUUUUAGAAGAAGGUGAGAGGAAAAGGUCUAGUCUGCUCUGCCUGCAGAUUUUAUGCGUCUGGGCAUCAGAGUAUGUUUCUGCUACUGGAGAGAAUUACAGUGAACUGUUAACAUCAGUGUGCAGCUACCCAAAUUUCCCCUGUGGAAAAAACUAUGCCUAUGAUCAGUCUGUUAAUGCAAAUCAGACUGAUCAGUCUGGUUUCCUGCUGGAUCUGCAUUCACAUAUGAAAGACUAUGAGUCUCAAACAGGCAGGAGUGUCCUUCCAGCAUUACAGCCAGUUUAUCAGUCAGCUCCUGCAGUCUGGAGAAUAAAGCUCUCAGAGAGAAAGAUCUCCAUCCUCCUAGAAGUGCUGAAACUGCAGACAGAGAAGAAACCAGUAGAGCUGAUAGACUGGACAGAUGAAGAGAGUGAAGUGAGGGGAUUCCUCCAGUGUCUGCCCUACAUCUCACAGCUCAGAUUUUCUGACGUUAUCGACGGGAAGAGAGAAACUGCUGUAAAGUUUCUGCUGAAUCUGUUUGUUUCAGCUUCAGAGUUUGAUGCAAAUACAGAAGAAAAUUACACUGAACUAUUAACAUCUGUGUGCAGCUACACAUCUUUCCCCUAUCAGGAGAAUAAUUGUUAUACCGGGACUCAGUGUGAUUUCCUGCUGGAUCUGUGGUCACAUGUGAAGGACUAUGAGACUCAAACAGGCAGGAGUGUCCUUCCAGCAUUACAGCCAGUUUAUCAGUCAGCUCCUGCAGUCUGGAGAAUAAAUCUCUCAGAGAGAAAGAUCUCCAUCCUCCUAGAAGUGCUGAAACUGCAGACAGAGAAGAAACCAGUAGAUCUGAGAGACUGGACAGAUGAAGAGAGUGAAGUGAGGGGAUUCCUCCAGUGUCUGCCCUACAUCUCACAGCUCAGGUUACCUCCUUCACAGAAUGAAUACUUGAAAGUAACUGACUGGAGAUUGAAAUUAAUGGUACUUGAUAUGUGUCUGCAAGUGCCUGUUUUAAAGAAUGAAAUCACAAAGACAUCAAUGGAUACAUUAUACUCUUACAUAUCCUAUGGAAAUUGUGAUUUCCUGUUGGAUCUGUAUUUGCAUAUGAAGGUCUAUGAGACUCAAACAGGCAGAAGUGUCCUUCCAGCAUUACAGGUCAUUUUUCAGUCAUUGUCUGCAGUCUGGAGAAUAAAUCUCUCAGAGAGAAAGAGCUCCAUCCUCCUAGAAGUGCUGAAACUGCAGACAGAGAAGAAACCAGUAGAGCUGAGAGACUGGACAGAUGAAGAGAGUGAAGUGAGGGGAUUCCUCCAGUGUCUGCCCUACAUCUCACAGCUCAGGUGAGACUCUCAUGGAAAAAUACACU